CGCCGCCGCGCCGCCAUGCCCUCGGCCAAACAAAGGGGCUCCAAGGGCGGCCACGGCGCCGCGAGCCCCUCGGAGAAGGGCGCCCACCCGUCGGGCGGCGCGGAUGACGUGGCGAAGAAGCCGCCGCCGGCGCCGCAGCAGCCGCCGCCGCCGCCCGCGCCGCACCCGCAGCAGCACCCGCCGCAGCACCCGCAGAACCAGGCGCACGGCAAGGGCGGCCACCGCGGCGGCGGCAAGUCCUCGGCCGCCGCCGCCGCCGCCGCUGCCUCGUCCUCGGCGACCUGCUCGCGCAGGCUCUGCCGGGCGCUCAACUUUCUCUUCUACCUCGCCCUGGUGGCGGCGGCCGCCUUCUCGGGCUGGUGUGUCCACCACGUCCUGGAGGAGGUCCAGCAGGUCCGGCGCAGCCACCAGGACUUCUCCCAGCAGCGGGAGGAGCUGGGCCAGGGCUUGCAGAACGUCGAGCAGAAGGUACAGUCUCUGCAAACCACAUUUGGGGCUUUCGAGUCUAUCCUGAGAAGCUCCCAACAUAAGCAAGACCUCACAGAGAAAGCAGUGAAACAGGGGGAGAGUGAGAUCAGCAGGAUCGGUGAAGUUCUGCAAAAACUCCAGAACGAGAUCCUCAAAGACCUCUCUGACGGCAUUCACGUGGUGAAGGAUGCGCGCGAGCGCGACUUCACGUCCCUGGAGAACACAGUGGAGGAAAGGCUGACGGAGCUCACCAAGUCCAUCAAUGACAACAUCGCCAUCUUCACUGAGGUCCAGAAGAGGAGCCAGAAGGAAAUAAAUGACGUGAAGGCGAAGGUCGCCUCUCUGGAAGAAUCCGAGGGGUACAAGCAGGACCUGGGAGCCCUGAAGGCUGCGGUGAAAGAGAUACAGACCUCUGCGGAGUCCAGGGAGAGGGACAUAGAGGCCCUGAGAAGCUCCCUGCAGACCAUGGAGUCUGAUGUCUACACCGAGGUCCGGGAGCUGGUGAGCCUCAAGCAGGAGCAGCAGGCCUUCAAGGCGGCCGCGGACUCGGAGCGCCUGGCCCUGCAGGCCCUCACCAAGAAGCUCCUGCAGUCCGAGGAGUCGACCUCCCGCCUCCCGGAGGAGAUCCGGAGGCUGGAGGAGGAGCUCCGCCAGCUGAAGGCCGAGUCCCACAGGCCGGAGGAAGACGGGUCCUCCAGAACCCCCGACGCCUUAGAUGCGCUCCAGAAAGAGAGUCGGGGUCUGGACUCCAGGCUCCAGAACUUAGAGGAUGAAGUCCAAUCCGUGCUAGUGGCUUCUGCACGCCAGACCGAUAGCCUGGAGUCGCUCCUGACCAAGAGCCAGGAGUACGAGCAGCGCCUGGCUGCGCUGCAGGAGCACCUGAAAGACCUGGGGUCCUCGUCCGAGGCAGACAAGGACAGCCUGGCUGGCACCGUGAGGAGCCUGGGGGAGGCCCAGCUGGCGCUCUACGGCGACGUGGAGGAGCUGAAGAGAAGCGUGGGCGAGCUCCCCAGCACCGUGGAAUCGCUGCAGAAGGUGCAAGAGCAGGUGCACGCGCUGCUCAGUCAGGACCGAGCCCAGGCCGCGCGUCUGCCCCCUCAGGACUUCCUGGACAGACUCUCUUCUCUAGACAACCUGAAAUCCUCAGUGAGCCAGGUGGAGUCGGACUUGAAAAUGCUCAGGACUGCUGUGGACAGUUUGGUAGCCUACUCGGUCAAAAUCGAAACCAACGAGAACAACUUGGAAUCAGCCAAGGGUCUACUAGAUGACCUGAGAAAUGAUCUGGAUAGGUUGUUUGUGAAAGUUGAAAAGAUUCACGAAAAAAUCUAAGUGAAUUGUGUGUCCAGGGCGCGGAUUUAUAGUCCAUUUUGUCAUGACCAAAACAAUGUGUUGUUUCCUCCCAUGUGCCCUCCCCGCAAGUUUUGCCCCCCCCCCCCCCCGCAGAGCAGUGGACACCACCUGAACACCAAGGCAUUGCAUUCUGUGCCCAGGUAAUUUAUUUGCAAUUCUUACCACACACCAUUGGUUUCUUAAGUUCUCUGCUUCUGCUUUUGGUUGUUUCCUGAAGGCCCAGCCCCGGUGCACAAGAGGUGGCUUUUAAAAGGGAUGUGUCUAGUGUCAGAAAAAUGACAGUGGCUUCAAUUGAGGAUUAACAGAAGCAGAUUAACCUUCAAAUACCCUGUCUGGCUGGCAGAUUUCAAGUUACCAAAAAAAAAAAAAAAAAAGGGUGGGGGUGGGGCACGUUUCUUUCUAAUUGUCUUUAAGAAAGAUUACUUUUUUUAUACUUCUGGCUGAAGUUUUCAUGAGAUAUCUCUUACUUGUCUUCCACCUAAAACUGGUUAGGACUCAUAGAUGUAAUCUCUGAGUCAGGAGAGGGCAAUGCCUUGUCUUCAUUUUAAAAGAAUCAGUUACUUGCGGGUUGCCUUUCUAGCGUGGGUGUCUUUUCCAUUCCUGAACCAUCUAAUGAUAUCAAAGGUAACUAUGCAAAGAAUCAGAUGGUUCUGAAUGCUAGAGCACACCACCCAGAGUCCUGGUGCCUGUCUGUCUCUGGUGGCCCACCUGUAUCCACACUUGGGCAGGUUACCGAAUAAUGCAUAGGUUCAGAGUUCCAGGAAAGUGUCUUUGGGGUCUUUCAGGAAAUGUGUUGAGAGCAGUCCACACAGCGGUGGGGUGUCUCCCUGGGGGAUGUAGGCCAGGUUUUUUUGUUUUAACAGGAUGUCCUUGAGGAGGUCUGCUGUGGGAGCAGACCCCAUCUGUCAGUGGGGAGUGUGUGCACUGCAUUUCUGUAAUUGUUUGCUGUACCCCUUCCCCUUUGAGCUGUAUUGUUCUUAAAUGGCUGUCUUGCCCUUCCAAAAGAAAAAAAAAGAAAGGAAAAAAAAAGCCGAAAAGUAAAAGUUAAAAAAAAAAAAAAGGUUUGUUUAGUUUACUGUGAAAUGAACUGUAUGGCUUCUUUACAGUAUUUUUAAUUCUUAAUAAACACUUGAGCUUUGUUAUGA